AUGGUGAAAUUAAUUGUUUCUGUUUUGUUGAUUUCGUGUUAUUUGGGUUUAUCUUUGGCCGAUUCACCAAGACGAGGAAGUAGAUUGGCUCACAACAAGACGAUCGUUAAUUGUGCUAAAUUUGGUCGAGCGGCUAAUCAGCAUACUUGUAUUUUAGCCCCGUUCUCAGACGAAGGACCUUUCUAUGUACCCGAUAAUCCACUUCGAUCUGAUCUUGUUGAUGGUCAGCCUGGAAUUCCUCUUGAAUUAACUGUUCAAUUAACCGAUUCUCGAGACUGUUCACCUUUAUCUGGUCUCUAUGUUCACAUUUGGUCAGCUAAUGCCACCGGUAACUAUUCUGGAAUCAAUGAAUCCGAUUACAAUACCCAUGGUGAGCUCAGAAUUAAAACUAUUGAUUCAUCUCGAUCACUUCGAGGUCACCAAAUAACCGAUAAAAACGUUUAUCCAGAAAAUGAGACUGAUGUUGAUCGAGUUACUUUCAUUGGUCAAUUUUAUUUCCCUCGCGAUUAUGCCCUAAGGCUAAAGAAACGAUACCCUUACUCAUUGAACAAAAAUCCAAUCACCUACAAUGACGAUGACGAUGAUUACAUUGAUUAUGAGGGUAAAGACGCAAUUCUCAACAUUAUUCCCGACGAAAAGGGUUGGAGAACUGUCGUGAAAAUGGCCAUUGAUCCUACAGUCGUUAUCCAUGCUUAUUAA